CCGCGAGCGAGAAAACUGAAAUUUAGAAAACUGAGACUGCGACUCGAAACAAGCAGAAACUAAAUAUUCAAAUUGUCGUGUGUGUGGGUGCGAAAAUAUAUCAAAAAUAUCCAACAUAAAUUCAAGCUCCUGGAUUAAUGAGCACUAAAACUAAACUAAGUUUCAAAAAAAUUUGUGAACACAAAACCAAGUGAAAACUAAGCGAGCGAAUGGCCUAAACUAAAGACUUUUGGAUUACAAACAAAACCAACGCAUUUUGGAUUAUUGUCGCGACAGGCAGAAAAACCUAAGAAUUUCCUCUUCAACGGCGCCAGAAUGGAGAAUCCAACAGCACAGUGUGUAAACGAAACCAAGGUGGAAUUGGGCCAGGAGAAGGAGUCGCCGGAGGAGGAGAGUUCCACAGCCGCCAAGGAGACCAUCAUUGACAUUCCCGCCGCGUGCUCCUCCUCGAAUUCCUCGUCCUACGACACGGAUUGCAGUACGGCGAGUAGUACCUGCUGCACUCGCCAGGGCGAGCACAUCUACAUGCAGAGGGAUCCCGUCCCGGCCACGCCCCUUCCGGAGGCCGAGGAUCUGAGCCUGCUGAAGUACGUGCAUCGGCAGCACUGGCCCUGGUUCAUCCUAGUGAUCUCCAUCAUUGAGAUUGCCAUCUUUGCCUACGACCGCUACACAAUGCCCGCCCAGAACUUCGGGCUCCCUGUUCCGAUUCCCUCGGACUCGGUGCUGGUCUAUCGCCCGGACAGACGUCUCCAGGUGUGGCGCUUCUUCAGCUACAUGUUCCUGCACGCCAACUGGUUCCACCUGGGCUUCAACAUCGUCAUCCAGCUGUUCUUCGGCAUUCCCCUGGAGGUGAUGCACGGCACGGCCAGGAUCGGUGUGAUCUACAUGGCCGGCGUGUUCGCCGGUUCCCUGGGCACCAGUGUCGUCGACUCGGAGGUCUUCCUGGUGGGCGCCAGCGGUGGUGUCUACGCCCUGUUGGCCGCCCAUUUGGCCAACAUCACACUGAACUACGCGCACAUGAAGAGCGCCUCCACGCAGCUCGGAUCAGUGGUCAUCUUUGUCUCCUGCGAUCUGGGCUAUGCUCUGUACACCCAGUACUUCGACGGCGGAGCCUUCGCCAAGGGUCCCCAGGUGUCGUACAUUGCCCACCUGACGGGAGCCCUGGCUGGACUUACGAUCGGAUUCCUGGUGCUGAAGAACUUCGGACACCGGGAGUACGAGCAGAUGAUCUGGUGGCUGGCUCUGGGCGUCUACUGCGCCUUCACCGUCUUCGCCAUCGUGUUCAAUCUGAUCAACACGGUCACCGCCCAGCUGAUGGAGGAGCAGGGCGAGGUGAUCACCCAGCAUCUGCUGCACGAUCUUGGAGUUUCCUAAGUAUGAGGACUCAAGACUCAAGAUCCAGCUUUAGGAGAGAUCGAGAGACAGAGAGUUGGUGGAAAAGAAAAGUU